AUGUCUGAGCACCUUACCAAGUCCGCUAGUAUCACGUUUGACCCGGCCACAAACAUCCCCUCGCUCGCUGGCAAGACCAUUCUCAUCACGGGCACCAACAGUGGCCUCGGCAAGGCGAGCGCCCUUGCAUUGGCCCAACAUGGACCUGCCCAGCUAUGGAUGACGGCACGCGACCCGGAAAAGGGCCAAGGGGCGCUGGGGGAGGUUAAAAACGCGGCGCCAGGCGUCAAUGUCGCCUUCCAGGAGCUCGACUUGAGCUCGUUCGAGAACAUCAAGGCCGCGGUGGCUGCUGUUCGUGCCACUACCGAGAAGCUGGACAUUCUCAUGCUGAAUGCUGGACUCAUGGGCUGUGCGCCCCGCUUGUCUCCUGACGGUUUCGAGAUCCAGAUGGCCACCAACCACCUGGGCCAUGCUCUCUUGCUGAAGCUCCUCCAGCCCAUCUUGGCCCCCGACGCUCGCAUUGUUAGUCUCUCGUCAUCCGCUUGGAAGCACUCGCCGCCUGGUAGCAAGAUCGACUUUGACACGCUGCGCACGGCUUCCAACGACGCCGUUCCACCCGUGUUUCGCUACGUUCAAAGCAAGAUUGCCAAUCUCUUGUAUGCGCAGCAGUACGCCAAACACAACAAGAAUACAUCCCAGGUGAUGGUGUCCAUCAACCCCGGCGAGGUCAACACCAACUUGUUUACACGCGAGCCCGGCGACGACCACAUGAAGAAGCUGCAGACGGAGGUCGUGCCGAAGGUGGCCGGCCCCAUUGCUGACGGCGUAAAGAACCAACUGUGGGCGGCCACCACGGACGCCGCAAACCUGGUGAAUGGCGCCCACUAUGCGCCCAUCGGUGUUGAGGAGAAGUGGGGCAUCGCCGAGGACGAGGAGCUGGCGGAGCAGCUGUGGGCGUGGACCGAGGAGGCGCUCUACGGGCAGGCCUGA